AAAUUUUAUUAUUGCAGAUUUAUUUCUUUGGUUCUUUUCUUUUGGUAUUAUUUUAUUUUUUGAACUCUUAUUAUAAAAGCACCUUUAACAUGGCACCUAGAAAGCAGAAGAUUGCCCCAAAGCAGUCCUCCAUGAAGGAUUUCUUGACGCCAAGCAAGAAGCGCAAGGAGCCUGAUCAUCCUGCUCGAUCCCCAUCACCCAGGAAAGCCAAGAGGCAAGUUGAAGCCAAUAACAACAACAACAAUAAUAAUAACAUUCCUGAGAAGAAAAAAAAGACUAAAAAAAAUGAAACUGUGAAAAAAUCGCCACCAAAGAAGACUUCUCCAAAAGAACCAAAAGUUUCCCCGAGGAGAGGUAGAAAGCUGGCUAAAGAAGAAGAGAGUGAGCUUGUGAUUGAUGAGGAAGAGCAAGAGCCCCAGGAAAUUCUUGGUUUUGAUGGCAACUGCCAGGAGGAUGGAAUUAUUGACCAUGGGGAACAAUUUGAGGAAGAAGACGAAGAAGAAGAGGCUGAUGAUGAAAGGGAGGAGGAAGAUGAUGGUGAGGUGCAGAUAGAUGUUGAGCACCUGCAGCAGAUUUUAGAUGGUGAGGAGGCCCUCGCUGCUGGAGAACGUGAUGCCAAUAGUGAUUCAGAAUCGCCUGCAGCUGAUGGAAAUGUUGGGUCACCCUCCUCAACAGCAGGGCUGACAACAUGCACUGCAAUGGUGCCCUCGGCUGGAAUUAUACAAGGAGAAGAUGGUCGUAUCAUUUUUCAGCCAGACUUCAAUCUGGAAGCUGCUUUAGCUUCUUCUGAUCCUAAUGAGGUGAAGGUACAAGUUUUCAAGUGCAAAAAAUGUGACAAUGUGUUCCGGAACCGCUAUUACAUGCGCAAGCACAUGCUCAUGGACCACGAACAUCAGCUAUACAAGUGUCGUAUUUGUGCCUUCACUUCAGUGUUCCCUGAAAAGCUCAAGAGCCACAUUAUCAAGCAGCACGUCUGUAAGAAAGAAAAAUCUGAGGCUUUGACUGUGCAGACACUGAAAAACGAAAGUGAAGUGUUUGAGCAACAAGCUCCUCGAAAGAUCAUCAUGAUAGACGGCGUUCCUUUGGGCAAGGUGAAAAAAGUUCCGCAGUGCUAUAUCUGCGAUGUGUGCGGUCGCAUUUAUUCUUCCAAGUUUUCUCUUGAGCGUCAUGUUCGUUGUCAUACUGGCGAACGCCCAUACGAGUGUGACGUGUGUGACUUCAGCACCAGCUACCGCGAACACAUGCAACGUCACAUGACGAGCGUUCACCUCGUCGUACAUUCUGACGAACCAAAAAAGAAGUACAUCCCCAAGCACCGCCGAACCAAGGUUGAAAAUGAGGAGGAAGAAGAAACGAGUCAGGGGGGAGAAGGCAGCCCAGCUAAAAAACGCCGAAAUAUUCUCAGAAAGAGAUUCGAGUGCGCCGCGUGCGGUAUUAGAUCAACUCACAAGUCGGACCUUGUGGAGCACAUCAAAGAAAAGCACCCUAAAGCGCAUAUUGUGUCUCUUGAUAACAACGAUGGCAGCAAAGUUCACUUGGUUGUAACGGCUUCUAAGAAACCUCGAGAAAUUCGCAAGUUCACAGCAACUUGUUCAUAUUGUUCCAAAGUCUUCAAUGACAACUGGAAGUACAUGGUUCACUUGCGUUCUCACACCGGUGUCAAACCGUUUAGCUGUAGCGAGUGCGACUUCCACGCUACCACUAAAAUGACGGUCCGCGAUCACAUUCACCGAAAGCACGCUAAUUGUCCCGACGCCAAACUCAUCCUUAAAUUGGUGAAUAUCACGGAUGGUUCCGUCGAAGAAGUAGCUAUUGACGUGCCCCAAAAAGAAUUCAAGUGCGAGCUCUGCAAUACCGUAUUUCCGGGAAAUUACGAGCUCAAAACGCAUAAAUUCAAGGAGCAUCCUGAGGCAAAGCCAUUUUCCUGCACUGAGUGCGAGCAUCGUGAGUGGGCACGGGCCAAUAUCAUCAUCCAUUGCUGUGAAAAACAUCCUGAAUGUGACUUGGAGGAUAUCAUUUUGCGCAACGGGCACCCUACUAAGAUUGGUCCCAUUAAUCUGCCUAAAUGUGACACUUGCUCCAAAAUGUUCCCCUAUCAGUCGCUUUUGUAUCUCCACCAACGCACUCACACUGGCGAACGCAACUACGGCUGCGACUCGUGCGAUUUCCGUACAGAUUCAAAGAAGGCUCUCACUCGCCACAUCCUCAAGAAGCAUCUCGACACUCACCUGAAGGGGAAGAACAAGAAGCGACCAAAGAGAGCUACUAAGGACAUGGCUACCGGAACUGACGACAUUGACGCAAUCUUGCCCAAUGACGUGCCUGUCAGUGAAGAUGUCAUAAACGAAGCUCGUGCACUCCUUGAUGCUUCUGAAUAACCGAGCUCGAACUUCAUGAUCAUUCACUUCCUCAGCGUAUGUAAUGAAGCCGCUGACUUUUGCUGCAGCAUCACUGGCAUCAUCACCGGCACCGAUGCCAUCACCGGCAUCGAUGCCAUUUUUGGCAUUAGUUUUGUUCCUUAGGCUACGUCACACGGCUAAGUUUGGCAUUUUACUUAUAAUUUACGUGUAUGUCAAGUUUUUUAUUUUAUCAUUCUUUGCUUUUGUAGCUUUUGUAAUUUUUCCAAAUAACAUUAAUUGAUCCGUUUGCUAGUUUCCUGCACAUCGAGCCAAGUAUACCAAAUUGUCUGUUUUCUUGCAUUAAUAUUCCAUUAUCAGGUUCUUUUUCUGCAUCAGCAGUAAAAGACAAUUCAUGAGAUUUCGUGUUUUUCCUUCGUACUGUCCCACGAUUCCUUUCAUCAUGCAAAUUUUACAUACAAUUGCAUGAAAAAGUACUGAUAUUCUACCAACAUGUAACUAGGCUUGUGUGUAAGCUUUUGGCAAUAAUGUACUGUUACUUUGAAGCUGUUGCUAGCUGUCUAGUUAAGUUCUUCCCUUAAGUGUUGUAAGUGUAGCUGAAAGGCGUCGGUGAAAUAUUCUAUGUUGAAUAUCGGGUUGCGCGCCCAGUUCUUCACCAAUAGACUUCUUGUCUCGUAUGGUUUUUCCUCAAAAAAAACGUUUUCAGUGUAAGCAUGUUCGAUACUAGUGAGACGAACUUAACGAAGCUAUUGAUGAGCUGAAUAUUGCUCAAUUCUAACCUCUCGAAUAUACGCUGUUGCAGUAUGUAUUGAAGAUACCUUCAUGCAUUUGGUUUGUCGUUUUCUCUUAUUGAAUUGGUAACGUUUUCGGUAUGAAUUUGUUAUACUAUCUUCAUUGACCGAUUAAUUUUGGACAUCUUUUUUCAUGAAUAGUUGAACGCAACUAGUGAAACCGAAGUCUUAACCUGCCUUAUGAGUAGAAGUAAUAAAAAACACGAGUGCCUUCCUCCAAUGCCUUCCGUAGUGUGUGUUACUUAGAUGUAAUUAUAGUUAAGUGGAAAAUAUGAUAAUGCCAUCUAUUUUAAUACUGUUCGUCGGGCAGAAUAGUUUUCUAAAUUUUAUUAGUUGCUUAUUCAGGUUAUUUGUGCUAUCCUUGUGCUCUGGACACUUUUAUUCUACGAUAUUCGAGAUGAUUUGAGCAGGUACUGGCUCCGUUCAUAUUACGCAACUAUCGGAUUAUUUGCAACCCAAUUAUUUUUUUUCUCUACCGUUACAUCAGUUAGUAAGCUAAGGGUUAAUUUCUACAACAAUUUGGAGGCUAGAGACAUGGCGAGCGUACCAAAUGAUUUUAGUAUUUUUCUGACAUCGCUUUUAUUGUGUAAUGCCGCGCACAUCAAAUUUGAAUUCGUGAAGCUAAAGGUUUUUUUAAAUAUGUAAUCUCAUCAUAGCUUUGAAAUAACUAAUGUGCCUGGAGGUCAUAGAAAUUAUAAAAGCUCGACUUCUGAGUGAAAUUCACAAGUCAAGAUGGUCAGGAUAGGGACUAUUGGCAGAGUGAUUUCAAUGAGUAUUCUUCUCAAACUUCUAGCCGCUUUAUAUUCAGUAGUACGUAAUUUGCUUCAAUGUUCAUUAUUAGUACAUUUCCAUAUGCCAUACAUUCUUAGUAUAUUUUUAUUUCUUAGCGACUAACACAAUUCCCCGGCUAAAUUACUGGACAACGGCGAAUCACAGACUUUUUAGUACCUAGAUUUCUUUCAACUUAUUUGAAGUAGUUCGUUUAUGCGACUUAUGCUAGUUUUAGUUUUAAGUAACUAUUGGGAACUAAAUUUAUUAUUUCGGUGGGCUCAAAUUUUAACAUGCAAUUUUGAAUCAAUUCGUGACAAUCUCAUUUAUUAAUGUGAAACGGAAUUUGAAGAGCAUAUUUUAUAAGUAAGCUAGAUUUUUUAGAUUUACAAACGGUAAGCUCGUAUGCUAAACCAAUUGACGCGUAUGUGUUCGUCGUUCCAGCCCAAAAGUACGAGAUAUUUCUGUGGCGGAGCCGCGGCCCUACGCCUAAAAUGUAGAAAGGAUUUUGUGGCUCCACAGAGAUAAAACGUGUAUGUUUCCAAUCUAUUUUUCAUGUCAUCCCCGCUCGCAAGGUUUAAAUUAUAAAUGGAAUCGCCUUUUCUCGCGAGUAGAACGCGCUGCUGUCUUUGAAUUUAAUAAAUGUUUUUUUUUUUCGAA